UCUCCUUCCUUGCCGCUUUCUCUCCCUCUCUCUGCGCGAAGCAGUUCUCUUGGAAGAGACUUAGAAUUACUCCAAUCGUUGUGCCCUAGCUGCUUCUCGAUUAUCGAUUGAUGGAAAAUCAGAUUCUGGUUUCAUCGAGAGGGCAGCAAGAUUCUGGUUAACCUUGUUGGAAAAGAUGCUAGUGUUGAGCCUUCUAAUGCAAAUGAUGCUAAUUCUGGUUUCAUCGAGAUGGUAUCAAGAUUGUUGUGCUUCAGUGGGGGGAGUUUUGGUGAAAUGAUGAACCCGUUUGCUGUUCCUGAUCUGCUGAAUCCGAGAGUUUACAUGAUGAGGCUAAACAUGCAGUUGGGGUAUUGGGUAAUAAUUCUGAUGAGGAUGAGGAUGAGUGUAGCGGUCUUGGCCCUCAAGAGAAGGUCUCCUACCUGACGGGGGGUCUCCCGGUGAAGGGCUUGGCUCUAAGAAGAGGAAGAGAGAAGGGGUGAGUUCUUGUAACUGGAAAACAUUCGAAAAUGCUGCAAAGUAUUCCCCACCAGAUUGUGCAGUCCCCAGCCAGGUUAGGCCUGCCUAACCCCAACUCUCCGUCUCUUCAGAACCCUAACCCACCUAAGUUCUCAUCUCAAAACCCACAAACUCAACAGUCCCACCAGCCACUGAAUCAGUUAACGACUCCUUGCUUAUCAUCAACUCUGCUCCCUCUCUUACCACCUCUCCCCAGAGCUCAAUCUCUUCUCCUUCAAAUGGCAUCUCUUGCUUCUAAACUGUUUGAAGUCUCACCCAAUCGCCCACAUUGGAUUAGUGCAUUUCGAGGUUCUCUGCCUUCUUUCCUGUCUCCACAAGCACAGUCCUCAACACCUGCCCAGGCAGACUCUGUUCCCUCUUCUGCCAAAGAAAUCAUCGCCCAAUUCACCACCCUUCAGACUCAGCUCUUUGAAGCCGUUGCUGAACUCCAGGAGAUACUUGAUCUUCAAGAUGCUAAACAGAAGCUCACUCGCGACAUCAGGUCAAAAGAUGCUUCUCUUCUUGCAUUUGCCAACAAACUUAAGGAAACCGAACAUGUUCUUGACAUGCUUGUUGAUGAUUAUUCUGACUACCGUCGCCCUAAAAGAACCAAGUCAAUGGAUGAUGCAGACGAUUCCUCCAAAACUACAGUUGAGACUCGGCUCAAACUAUCAGAUAUACUCUCCUACGCACAUAAAAUUAGCUACACUACCUUUGCACCUCCAGAAUUCGGUGCUGGGCAAGGUCCUCUCCGUGGAGCAAUCCCUCCCGCGCCACAAGAUGAGCAGAUGCGCGCAUCACAGUUAUAUAACUUCGCUGAUCUGGACAUUGGGUUGCCCAAAACAGAAGAAGGUAAAGAGAAAAUCAUCGAAUCACUCAUUGAAACCUCUGCUGCACCACCUGCAGAAAGCAACCCACUGGCAGGCUUAUCAGCAAUCCAAGGCUUGAACCCUUCUACACUAGUUGCGCCACCGGGAUGGAAACCUGGUAUGCCUGUGGAAUUGCCUAUCGAUCUAUCAGCGCUACCUCCUCCACCUCCCGGGUGGAAGCCUGGUGACCCGUUGCCCUCACUGGAUGCUCUCCCUCUUCCACCAAGAGUCGAGGAGCAGCCGAGGCCUGACCCUCCUGGUCUGGUGAAAGCUCCAGAGCCUAUUCAGGUACGGCACGUGCAGCUUGAUAUUGAAGAUGACAGUGGUGAAGAUUUUAGCAGUGAUGACGCCAGCUCUGGUAGUGAAGAUUGAUGGUUGAUUGGAGCUAUGGAGAUUGGUGUUUGUGUCACUUAUGCUCCAAGCUUUAGAUGGUUUAAUCUUCUCCAUUUUGUUAUCAGUUGCUCAGGAGUGUGGUUAAUUGUAAUCUUGUACCUGUACCACUUUGUUGUGGAUUCAAUGUUUAUUGCUCAGAUGUUUAUAUAUGGGUGGUUAAGUUUGAGGUGAUAUGUCAUUUUAGUGCAA